CAAAGGAGAAAAAAAAAAAAAAAGCAAAAGCUAAAGCAAGAAAAAUCAAAAAAUAAAAAAAUUUAAACACUAAAAAUUGAAAACAACAACAAGGGGUUGCUUCUUUCUUCCUUCACAUCAUUCUUAGCAAAGAAAAAAAAAAUUUGGAGCAAAAAAUGCAGAAUCAACAACCACAACAGCAGCAGCAGUUACAGACAUUGCUGGCAUCAGGUCAAAUAUCAGGGAGUUUAAGUUUUAAUAAUAAUAAUAAUAAUAGUUUGUUAAGUAAAGAAGAUGAAGAGAUGUCAAAAUCAGCAUUAUCAACAUUUAAAGCUAAAGAAGAAGAGAUUGAGAAGAAGAAAUUAGAAGUUAAAGAGAAAGUACAAGCUCAAUUAGGGAGGAUUGAAGAAGAAACUAGACGUUUGGCUAUUAUUCGUGAGGAACUAGAAGCAUUAGCUGAUCCGAUGAAGAAAGAAGUUUCAAUGGUCCGAAAGAGGAUUGAUACUGUCAACAAGGAGUUAAAACCCCUGGGACAGACUUGCCAGAAGAAGGAGAGGGAAUACAAAGAAGCUCAGGAGGCCUUCAACGAUAAACACAAGGAAAAAGUACAACUUAUAUCAAGACUGAUGGAGCUGGUAGGCGAAAGCGAGAAGAUGAGGAUGAAGAAGCUGGAGGAGCUGAGCAAAAGUAUAGAAACAAUUCAUUGAAGAUGGAAGCAACUCUUUAGUUAACCUUGUGUGAUACAAGAUUUAAGAUGAUCCAAAAAAAUUUCUAUUUAUUAUAUGGUUGUUUUCGCGCUUUGGUGGGUGUAUUCUUUCUUUCUUUUCAUCGCGCUUUUGUUGUUCUUUCUUCGUUUUUAGUCUUUCGAAAGGAGGAUGAUCUAAUUUUAGGUGUAUAACAUGUCUUCAAGCUGUGGAUUCUUUGUGUAUCAUUCUCUUCUUUCAUGUAUUUUUCGAUGUAUCGGUGUAGUUUGAUGAAGUUGUAUCAUGUGAAGAAAAGUUUUAACUUUGUUACUA